ACUUGCGCGUGGCCUAAAAGUGGGAAAGGUGCUGUUUUUGUUGUACUAAGUUGGGUGUAGAAUUAAGGAAUUAACUGAGUGGGAUAUGAGCAUGGGUGAAAAAAUAUGCGUAUUAAUUAUUCAUCAGGUACAAAGCACCAUAUAUGAAUUUUAUUGGUAUCAUCUAUUAUACGCAUGAACUUAAUUUUAAAAAUUCCUAAUGUGGGAGAUGUUAAUCCGUGUAGAAGUGUCUUUUCUGAUCCUAUUAGUGCUGGAUAGUUGAUGGCUGUAACCCAAACUGAAGUUAAGUUACAAAAGCCUAAAAAUUAUUUUUCUGUAAAAUUAUGUCCAGAUGUAAGUCUACAGCGAGGUUGAUUCCAGCCACUUGUUCGUGGACAUUGCUUAUAGCUACAACAGCUUCAUUUUUUGUUUUCCCAUGUCCAUACUUGAUGCAGGAAUACCAUAUAGCUAUUCCAAUAUGUCAAGCAUUAAUUACGUUUUUUGUGGUGGUCAACUUUUCUCUUGCUACUUUUAUGGAUCCUGGUAUUAUACCUAAAGCUACUGCUGAUGAAGAUAAAGAGGAUGAUUUCCGUGCUCCAUUAUAUAAAAAUCUUGAGAUAAAUGGAAUCCAUGUUCGCAUGAAAUGGUGUGUAACAUGCCAGUUUUAUAGACCACCAAGAUGCUCUCAUUGUAGUGUAUGCAAUGGAUGCAUAGAGACAUUUGAUCAUCAUUGUCCAUGGGUAAAUAAUUGUAUAGGACGAAGAAAUUAUCGCUAUUUUUUUCUGUUUUUGGUAUUUCUUAGUGUACAUAUGGCAACCAUUUUUUCAUUUUGUAUCGUGUACAUAUUAAAACAUCGUGAUCAGCUUCAACACAGGGACACCAUUGUUACUAUGGUGAUUAUAGUUAUCAUCACAUUACUUUUCAUACCUAUUUAUGGAUUAACUGGAUUUCACAUUGUUCUUUUAUGUAGAGGUAGAACUACUAAUGAGCAGGUAACUGGAAAAUUUCGUGGUGGAUAUAAUCCCUUUUCUCGAGGGAUUGUGCAAAAUGUUUGUCAUACUCUCUGUGGGCCACAGUAUCCUAGGUACAAAGCCCCGAAAAAGCCAAAAAAACAGCUCUCUGUUGCUGCCCCUUCUGUUUCUGCCAGAAUGGGUGAGAAUCAAGUAAAAAUUUACAUGGAUAAUAGCAAUUCUGCACGCUCAGCCACUUCUGCAGCUUACAAUAAAAUGUCACAAGGUGCAGGUGAUUUAUCAGAUGUUGAUGUGAUAUUAGAUACCUUUGAUAGUAAUCAGAGCCAGUCCCAAGAUUGUGAGCCAUCACCUCCAAUCCCAAGACAUGGAUCAAAGACUAAUUUUUCUCAAACUGAUAAUACACGUACAGUAUCUGUUCUUCAACAAGGUAAGCCAUGGUCACCCUAUGGGAGUGCAGGCCCACCUACACCUAGAGCACCUCGUGCAUUAAUUGGGAGUGAAGAUCGUAGUGGACACUCUAUGCCCCGUUCUCCAGAAGGGCUGCCACCAUGGGCUGUUGUCAAUAGUCCAAGGUCUACUCGAACACCCCCUCGAAGCCUCACUAGCCCUGUUGUUGGAGCAGAGGGCAACAGGACACGUCAGCAGUCGCCCUCGCGCCGAUCUAGCCCUGGUUCACCUGCGUCUUUGACACCAGGAUUAUCUCCAGCAGCUGUUAAGCGUCAUCCAGGAUCUCGAAGAGGACCCCCAACUCCACAUUAUUAUGGUUACCAUGUAACAGGCAGAACAGCCAGAUCAAAUACACGCAGUAUCAGUCCAAACCGCAAGUUUGCCUCUGAAAGUGAAUUGGCUCGAGCAGCAGCUGAUAAAGCCAAUGGUAAUUAUGAAGCUCGAGCUAAUCAGACAGCUGAUAAUAUUCAAGAAUUAGCUGAUUCUGGACGUUCUUGGGGGGAAGGUGUUCGUCGUCUAUCACAUGAAACACAAACAGUGCAUGGAUUUCGCUCCAGUAGUGGCUGUUCUUCUCGUCGGACGGGUGCUUCGCCUCAAAAUAGGCGAGCAGCAGGCCAUAAAACCCCACCUCCUGAGGCUUCACCUGUGAAGCCUCAUGCUAAAAGGCCUGUUUCUUUUGUGAAAGCUUUAGAAUUGACUGACACUUAUGAUAAAGGGGGACCUAAAACAGAUCCUCAUUCAAGGCAAUGCUUACCGCCAAAUAAGCAACCGCCCACAAGUAUAGAGCAGGAUGAUAGAAAGAGUCUUUAUGAAAUGAACUAUGAGAUAUCCGUCUAGCUCUUAUUUAAUUAAAGCCAGCAGUGUGAUGCUGUGGUAUUCGUAUUUGUCAUAUAGAAUAUAUGUAUAAUAUUUGAGCCAUUUCUUAAUUUAUAAGGAAGUCAUUAAAUCAGAUAAAGAUAAA